GCUUUUGCCGAAGCGAAAAGUGUGAUUAUUUUCAAGACCCGGCAACGAUGUUGUUAACUGUAUAAUCGAAUGUUUCAAAUUGUCAUUGGAGAUGACAGGCAGGGCUUUCCGUGUUAAAAUACAGCUGGACGUACACGCGGUAACGUGCCCCGGCGUUUGGUUGUGUCCUAAUGGCAAAGUGGCCCUGCGAUUCGACGCUUUCGACUUCUGCACGGAAACCCGCAGAAUAAGCCAAAUUUUCCCGCUGUUAUUUCAUGACAAAUUCACCUUCAGCAAGGUCUUCACUCGAAUAUCCUCCUUGGCGGAGCUGCAGCGCACUUUGGAACGGGAAUUUUUAUAUGCGGAAUUAAUACAGUGGACGACACCAGCACAUCAUCGAGGCAUUGCUUUGGCCACGUUCGAGAUAAAUCUAGUGGAUUUAUUAUAUCCCACGCCAUGCUUUAAGGGUUUACUGGCUGGAGUUGAUGUAGAUUUAUUGAUGGAGCCGACCAAAUUCUUUCCUGGUAUCAUAGCGCCCAAAAUCGAGGUUUCCACCAAAACAAUUGUCGAGGAAAUAUCGGGCCCCUAUGACACAAAUAUGAACAAAAGUUAUGUCGUUAAUCCAAAAAUGAUUAACUCUAAGCAAACAAGCGGACAGAGAAAAAGGCCGGUCAAAGGUAUUCUCAGACAACGAAAAGUCUGUCACACUAAACCGAGAUCUCAGAGCUGCCGACCAUAUCGUCAGAGAUCUAACAGUAUCGACGAUUCUCAUCACUGUGAUACCACAUGUACAACAAACCAUUGCAUUGAUCAGUGUUAUCAUUCAGUAAGGAAGAAUUCUCCAUAUAUUCGAAAGGAAGCCGAAGCUGCCGUGAUAUGCCAUGAUAAUAUUCAUGUUACGGACAAUUGUCCAGUUUGUUUAAAAUAUAAUUGUUACUUUUCUAAAUGUUACGACGAUUCGGACAUAGCCAAAAGAUGUAUCGACUUUAAGUGUCGCGGUCGUAGACUUGUUGAUUAUGAUUUGUACAAUACCGAAGAAUGUUGCUCUUGUAUUUACGGACUGUCUGAUGCGCGGGAGGAAUCAUUAUUACAAUCUAAAAUCAGAAAUCUUCAGAAAGCUAGAGAGAAAUUGUUUGCUACUGAAACUAUGAAUAUCGAGGAAUACGAUCCGAAUUACGAAUAUAAUCGGGAUCACUCCCGAAGUCACGAGUUUUACAAGGAUCUAGAAAAAUUUUAUAAAAGAAUGUACAAGCAAGCGAAAAUACGAGCGCAGGAAGUCGAUAAUUGAAGUCGAGAAAAAUUGUCGUCGUUUAAAUCUUUAUAAAAUUUUUUCUAAAGAUUUUUAUAUGAAAUUUGAAAACAUAGGUCGAUUGAAUGUUUUAUAUAUACAAUAUUUAACGAAAGAAUUUUCACUGAAAGAAGACUAGUUGUGAUUAAUUAAAAUAAUUAAUUGACUAUACUGUGUGUGUAUAAGUGAAAUUGUUCAAUUAACAUUAUUCCAGAGAUACAAGUAUAAUACACGCUGUGUUCUUAUCUUUAUCAAAAUAGCAGUCGCAUGAAAUAAAAAUAUAGAAAUUGAUUACAUACGUAAACGAUGAAAUAUGUGUGUACAAUGUAGAGAUGUGAGAAGUUUGGAAUAUAUGUACAAAAUAAAUAAAAACUGUUCUUUCUCUUUCA